AUGGGCAACAGCUCUGUGACCGCCAACUUCAAAGCAGGCUUCUCACACCCGAUGUUGCCUGUUGUGUUAGAAAUGCAGCAAGCCAUCUAUUCAUUAUUUCUGGAAGAGAGACUCAAAGAAGAGAAACAACAAGAAAUGGUUGAUUCUCCAGUUAACAUGCCCCAGGGUCUGUUGACAUUCAGGGAUGUGACUGUGGACAUCUCCCUGGAGGAGUGGAAAUGCCUGAACUCUGCUCAGAGGGCUUUGUACAUUGAUGUGAUGUUGGAGAAUUACAGCAACCUUGUAUCUGUGGAGAACUAUUGCAUUUGUGAUCCUGUCCAUCACCAUGUGAAGAAUGAAAAGCAGUCUUGUCAGUGUAAUGACCUUGGCCAGAAGAGGGCACCAGACCCCAUUACAGAUGGUUGUGAGCCACCAUGUGGUUGCUGGGAAUUGAACUCAGGACCUUUGGAAGAACAGUCAAUGCUCUUAACCUCUGAGCCAUUUCUCCAGCCCCCUCCACAUGUGUAUUCUAUAAAACAAGUGAAACUACAGAAAAGUCUAGUAACUACAGAUGCAGUAAUCACAGAGAUGACUCCAUUGACUCAUCCAACCCAGAAAGACAUGAAAGCAUGCACACUGGAGAAGAACCUUGCAAAUCUAAAUACUUUGAGAAAUCUUUAA